AUGGAGAAGCAAAUCGAACAACUGGCAGCACUUGUGGCAAGGCAAGCAGAGAUGGCUCAUCAUGCCCAAGAAGCAGCAACGAAAAGGGAAGAACGUUUAACCGCGAUUCUAGAGGGUUUUGCUGGUACCUCAGGACAUCAUAGGAAUCAGUCUCAGGCAAGGGCAGUUCCUGCACCACACUUGUCGUCUUCUGUAUCUCUUAAAGAGUUUGGUUCGUGGCGUCACAAACUUGAAGACUAUAUUGGAUGCCAUGGAGUUGCAUUUGCGCACCAAAGGAUGUCAUCGUGGACCGACGCCGACUUUCAUUCAAGAGUCCAGGGAUUGCACGAGACCUUCGAUGAUUUUUUGUGCGGCAUUAAAGAGAUUGCUUCUUUCUGUGAUUUUUGUGAAACCUGCAUGGACAGCAGACUACGAGACAGGAUCGUCGUUGGAACCAGAGAUGAAGAGGCUUUGAAACGUAUGUUAGAAGAAAAGAAGCUCACUUUGCAGAUGGCUAUUGACACUUGCAGAGCAUCGGAAAAUGCAAAUGCCAGUCGCGCUGUUAUUCGGGGCAGUGAAAAGUAUAAUGUUUCAAGAGUUUCCCAAUACAAGCAAGGUCAGAAGGCAGCCCAUUUAAAGCAGCAGUGCUUUAGGUGCGGAGGUGAGCGCCAUCGUGACAAGAUGGCAUGCAAGGGUCUAAACAGGGACUGCAAACAAUGUGGUAAGAAAGGUCACUUUGCAGCGGUGUGCAGGUCAAAGGGACAGCCACUGUCUCCUCAGAAGAAGAAAAAGAGUAAUAAAAGCACAUUCAAGCCUUCAAAGCAGAAUCUAUAUCGUGUCAUUGGAGAUGUUUACAGCAACUGUGCGUCAUCACGUCCAACCCCUCAGAUUUGCAUCAGUACCACUCACCCCAAAGGAUCAAGUUCAGUUAUGUGGACCCCUGACUCUGGAGCGGAGACAACUGUGAUAGGACUUGAUAACGCUAAAUCUCUUGGAAUUCAUGAGAGUUCACUGGAGCCGAUCAUUAUGGGUGGUCUCAUUGCAGCAGAUCGUCAACCUCUCACUAACAUGGGUACUUUUGAGGCUUUUUUAACUUUGGGGAAUCGUAAUACGACAACAGUUGUGUCAGUCGUCAAGGAAGUGAAAGGUGCACUUCUGAGCUGGUUUGAUUGUGUAGCGCUGGGAAUAUUACCAAAACAUUUUCCAGCGCAAAUACAGCAUGUUACAUGUUCAGUGUCGAAACCACAUAUAGCAUCGAGAACCAAGAAGGUUUUGGAGCCACAAGUGACUUCUAACACACAGGAUGUUGUGCAGUCUGCAAGUACCAGCAGUUUGGUGUCUGUACCAGUGGCACUGCCAAGAUGGCCAUACAGCAGAGACCCUACAGAAGCAGAGCGUACAGAACAUGCAUCUUCCAUCAUUUCUGCUUAUCCUCAUGUAUUUGAUGCUUCAGCUACUCUAAGGGAAAUGCAGGGAGGUCCUAUGAGGAUUCAGCUGUCAGCAGAUGCACAUCCUUUUGCAGUGACCGCACCACGCACCAUUCCGUAUUGUUGGAGAUCGGAUAUUAAAGCUCAGCUAGAUGACUUGCUUGCUAAGGAUAUAAUUGGUGAGGUUGAUUACCCCACCGAAUGGUGUCAUCCGAUGGUCCCUAUUGCAAAGAAGAUGGGUGGUGUGCGGUUGUGUGUGGACCUUACAAGACUUAACCGCUAUGUGCGCAGACCUACAUAUCCAGUUCGAUCCCCUCAUGAUGCUAUAUCGUCAAUGGAUGCUGGAGCCAGGUGGUUCACUACUUUGGAUGCGAAGAUGGGAUACUUCCAAAUCAAAAUUGCUGAAGAAGAUCAGGAUCUUACUUGCUUCAUCACACCUUGGGGACGUUACAAAUUCAUUCCAGAAACGAGCCGUAAUGGGUCUUAUUAUCAUCUGGAGAUGAGUACAAUCGUCGAGGAGAUCAGCUUUGGGAGAUAUUCCACUAUAAAUCAUGAAGGUUAUAGUGUGGAUUCUCGGAAGGUGAGAGCUAUAGCUGAAUUUCCAAAGCCACAAAAUAUCACUGAUCUCACGUCAUUCAUGGGUUUAACCAAUCAGAUUGGGAGCUUUUCUUCUGCGAUUGCAGCUGCUGCACAGCCACUCAGGGACCUGCUUAACCUCGGAAUGAGUGGUGCUGGCCACCUCAGCAUGACGUGGCUUUCGAGAAAAACUAAAGAAGCACUCAUAGCUCCUCCCAGUUUUUAG